CCCCGGAGAAGGAGCCCAGGAAGGGAUUACUCCUCACCGGCUCUGCCGGCUGAGGAGCGGCCGGGACGGAGCUGGGCCGUUCGCGAGCGGAAACAACGAGUCAUGUCGGCGGCUCAAGGUUGGGACGGAAACCGCCGGCGAGGAGGGGGCACCGCGGGUGCCGGCGGUGGCGGCGGAGGAGGCGGCGGCGGCGGCGGGGGUGGGGGCCGCGGAGCGGGGCUGCUCAACCGCUUCGUGAAGCUGUGCGGGCCGCCGCAUCUGCCAGGUAAGAAGAAAAUACGAUGGGACGCUGUUAGGAGAUGCUUCACUCAGUCCUGUCCCAUCCUAAGGAUCCCUAAAAGGUUUUUGAGAGGUCACAGAGCUCCACCAGCACGGAGUGGACAUCGGUGUGUGGCAGAUAAUACCAAUCUGUAUGUAUUUGGAGGCUAUAACCCGGAUUAUGAUGAGUCAGGAGGGCCAGACAAUGAAGAUUAUCCUCUCUUCAGGGAGCUUUGGAGGUACCACUUUGCUACAGGAGUAUGGCAUCAAAUGGGCACAGAGGGUUACAUGCCCAGAGAACUAGCAUCUAUGUCACUUGUGUUGCAUGGGAACAACCUGUUAGUGUUUGGAGGCACUGGCAUUCCCUUUGGUGAGAGCAAUGGCAAUGAUGUCCAUGUCUGCAACGUGAAAUACAAACGAUGGGCUCUGCUCAGCUGUAGAGGGAAGAAACCAAAUCGGAUUUAUGGGCAGGCAAUGGCUAUUAUAAAUGGCUUCCUUUAUGUCUUUGGAGGAACAACUGGCUAUGUUUACAGUACAGACCUACAUCGGUUAGACCUGAAUACCCGGGAAUGGAUACAGCUAAAACCGAACAACCUGAAUUGUGAUCUGCCAGAAGAAAGGUAUAGACAUGAAAUUGCACAUGAUGGGCAGAGGAUAUACAUCUUGGGAGGUGGGACUUCCUGGACAGCUUAUCCCUUAAAUAAGAUCCACGCAUACAACCUUGAAACGAACACAUGGGAGGAAAUUGCAACAAGACCUCAUGAAAAAAUAGGUUUUCCUGCAGCCAGAAGAUGUCACAGUUGUGUACAAAUAAAACAUGAUGUAUUUGUUUGUGGCGGUUAUAAUGGAGAAGUGAUUUUGGGAGAUGUCUGGAAAUUGAGUCUGCAAACUUUCCAGUGGGUAAAGCUUCCAGCUGUUAUGCCUGAGCCAGUUUAUUUCCACUGUGCAGCUGUAACACCAGCUGGUUGCAUGUACAUUCAUGGAGGAGUGGUGAACAUCCAUGAAAAUAAACGGACUGGGUCAUUAUUUAAGAUGUGGCUGGUGGUACCCAGUCUUCUGGAACUGUCAUGGGAGAAACUGCUUGGGGCCUUCCCUCACUUAGCGAAUCUCUCCCGGACACAACUUCUGCACCUCGGACUCACACAGGGACUCAUUGAGCGGUUGAAAUGAGGCUUUCUGGACCGUUCAUUCACCAUGGAAAUCCUAAUUUAAAGAGACUUCCUUCUCUAUUUAUGGGCAGCGUGGAGUAUGCUAGCAAGAGGAUUGAGUACCCUGAUCAAGGCCUUACUCAGAAAAUACAUCAGAUGCCUUUCUGUAAAUUUGUUUUUAAGUAGAUGGAAAUGUGGGGAUUUCCCCUUAUGCUGCUUCUCCCUCCCCCCUUUCCCUAAAUUCCCUCUUCCUUGAUGGGAAAAGGGGGAGAUGGAGUUAGCUUUCUGAAAAUCUCUUUAAAAUGUCAUGAAUCAAGAUAAAAGUAUAGACUGCUUUUUCAGGAAAGUUCUGAACGUACAGUCAGCAACUUUUGGCUAGUGCUCUUCUACUUUAAAAUACCACCAUCAAAUUCCAGUAGUUCAGGAAACAUGGGAAGGGUGCCUGUUGAGAGCCUUGCUGGUUUUCCUUAAUGCCACAUAUUUUAGUAUGUUAUUUCUAAAGAGGUAUUUAAUUGAGUAGAUCUUCCUAACUGCAACAGUCUUUGACAUCUUAUUCUGUAGACAGCCCAAAUGCAUACUUUGGCUUUGGUUGGAAGGGUAACACAACUAAGUUGUUAACCUGUUUAUCCUUUUGGGAUAGGGAAAUGUUGACUUAUCAAAAACUUGUGUGAUGUUCUUGAAGACCAGGACACCAAGAACAUUCCGGAUAAAAAGGGACUGUGGGCCAAACAAAGCCAGAAUGACUUAAAAACACUGGCAUAUCUUCUCAGUGUUUUUUCUUCUAAGUGUCUCCUCUCUUUCACCUCAUGGUGAAAUGUAGGUCUAAACAAAUGGCUUAAAAGUCAUGUAAUAUGGGCUACUAAGUAGAUCAUGAGGUCCUAGGGUCAUGUAGUUCAAAGUGUAUGAGGGUGACCUGCAGCUGUUUCCUUUCUGGAGACUUCAGACUUGGUCUCUGAUCUGAAACAUAAGAUUUGGCUUUCUUUCAUUUAAAGUAUCUUCCUCUCAGAAUUGAUGCCAUUUGCUCUUAGUAAAUAACUUGCUGCUUUUUAGGCUCUGGACCACAAGCCUCUUUUUUUCUCAGGCAUUGGGAUUUUCCCUCUAGAAAGCCAACUGGCACUUGGUUGUUUCCUUAAAUAAUUCUGCUUUUCUUUCUGUUCAGACGUGCAUUGUGCUCUGAGUCAUAUGAUCCUUGUUGCUUGAAAAAGCCAAAAUCAGUAUGUUAUCCAUUCUGCGAAACCAAGUGUCGUUUUAAAACCAUCAUGGGGGAAGAAUGCAAUUGAAUGUCAUUUUCAUUUUUGUGUGGAGUUUUUAGUCUUGUUCUUUUUAAAUUUGGGAAAGUGA